CGCGAUGAGCAGUGACCGUGACGCUCUUCGACCUCGACUCUGUCUCAGUCUUUCUUUUAUUUUUAUUUUACUCAUUCAUUGUUACAAUCCGGGGGAAUCGUCCAAGAUCCGGUGUCAGCGGUGCUAAUAACCCGCUAGCACAUAUCGAACUGAUACUUCCUAUCGUCCCGGCGGGGUUGACCUGUUGCAAACUCUCAACUGCCAACGCGCAUGAAGCUUAGAGCUCGAACUCUAACGCGCCGUUUCCCUCAUUCCUUAAUCGCACGGAAACACCCAGCUGCGGAUGUUGAAGAUGUCAGAGGUGGAAUCGGCUGGUCUUUCGAUCACAUACUCGUGCAACAGGAAGGGUCCGCCGGACCUGCGCCUACUCCACUACAAUGAUGUUUACCACGUCGAAGCAGGAUCUGCGGAACCAGCUGGUGGUGUUGCCCGUUUCCAGUCCGUUGUGAAUUUCUACCGCUCUGAUCCCCGUUUUACCGGACAGCCUGAUAUCCUCACCUUUUUCUCUGGCGACGCAUUGAACCCAUGCUUGGAAAGUACUGUCACAAAGGGGCGGCAUAUGAUCCCAUUUCUCAAUAACGCCGGUACCGAUGUGGCGUGCGUAGGUAACCAUGAUUUCGACUUCGGCGUCGCGCAGUUGGAGCACCUGAAGGGCCAAUGCAAGUUUCCGUGGCUGCUCGCCAACGUUCUCGACCCGGCUCUGGGCGAGAAUGUACCGCUGGCCCACUGCGAGAAAUCGUGGAUGCUGACUUCGUCAAACGGGAUAAAAAUCGGUCUUAUCGGAUUGGGUGAACGCGAAUGGCUGGACACGAUAAACUCCCUUCCCCCCGAUAUUAUAUACAAGUCCGCCACUGAGACAGCCAAAGAACUCGUCCCUGAACUGCGUGCUCAAGGAGCAGAUAUUAUCAUCGCUCUUACUCAUCAGCGUGAGCCCAACGAUAAUAAGCUGGCAGAGAACAUGCCGCCGGGCUUGAUCGACAUCAUACUUGGCGGUCACGAUCAUUAUUAUGCCCAUUCAAUCCUUAAUUCCAUCCAUAUUCUGCGCUCUGGCACGGAUUUCAAGCAGCUGAGUUAUAUCGAAGCAUGGCGAAAAGACACGGGUGGUUGGGAUUUCAGCAUAACAAGAAGGGACAUUAUGAGGGCUAUACCGGAAGACCCAGCAACCGUUUCCCUUGUCCGGAAGCUUACUUCAAGCCUCAAAGCAAAACUUGAGAAGCCAAUAGGGUAUACCUCUAAACCUCUAGAUGCACGCUUCAAGACAAUUCGUGCGAGAGAGUCGAAUAUCGGGAACUUUGUUUGCGAUCUGAUGCGCUUCUAUCAUAACGCGGACUGUGCACUGAUGGCUGCAGGAACCAUACGAGGUGAUCAAAUCUACCCGCCGGGGGUCCUUCGGCUUAAAGAUAUACUUAACUGCUUUCCUUUCGAAGAUCCGGUGGUACUUCUGAAAAUAAAGGGACAGGCGCUCAUGGAUGCUCUCGAGAAUGGUGUUAGCCUAGUCCCUGCAUUGGAAGGCAGGUUUCCGCAGGUAUCGAAUAUACGUUUCGGCUUUAAACCCUCUGCUCCACCAGGUUCUAGAAUCACGUUCGCUCAAGUUGGAGGAAAGGAUUUAAAUCUACAGAAGGAUUAUAUCGUGGCAACAAGAGGUUAUAUGGCUCGUGGAAAGGAUGGGUUUAUGUCUUUGCUGGCAAAGUCCGAAGGAGGUGAGGCCGAGGAGCUCGUGUGUGAAGAGAACGGUGUCAUGAUCAGCACCAUUAUCCGACAGUACUUCCUCAGUUUGAAGAUUCUUGGCAAAUGGCGGCACUGGAGUAGCAGCCUGGAUCGACACUGGGAUGCCGUACAUCAGAAGCUACAUGGCGAUGACUGGUUGAGACCUCCGUCAGCAACGCCGUCACCGGUUGUUGAGACAAAGCCGAAGCGUCCAACUUUUGUUCGCAACUCAAGUACGCGUUAUUAUUAUGGGCGCUAUCGACCUCCCGCGGGCAUCGAAGCAGAGUUGGACGGAGAUCAGGUCGAUAUGGACUCGGACUCGGACUCCGAUCCUGAAAUACUCACAGACAGCCAAUCGGAAAUCAAUUACGUGACAUCGAACGCAAAGUCAGCGGCGGAGGAGGAAUAUAAGUUGCACCUUGUGCGCUCGGUGGUUCGCAAAUGGAUGAGACAUGCAGGUCUCAAGAAGGAUGUCCCUGAUUGUGUGGACGAUGUGGGCGCAGAAUUCACGCCUCCAUGGACUGCAGGAAUCGCACCCAAGGCUGAAGGAAGAAUCGUUAUUGAAGAAUGAAUCAGACCGUACUACUGAAUAAUUUCGGUCCCUGGUGUUGCCAAAGAAAAGAAAGAUAUUUUUUUCCCCCUUCAAUAUAAAAAAUCUUUGUAUAUAGAGGACAGUCAGUGAUUGCACAUAUCUUGAUCGCUUCCUAGAUUAGGACCUUAGUCUCGACCGACUCAUUAAAUUUCAAUGGAUGUUACCUCUUUCUACGAGGAACCAGAACAC